UAAUAUGAAUAAAACUUAACAAGCACUAGACUUUAGGCUCUGACUAACAGAAGGCUUGGGUGGGGCCAGACCUGAGAUCUCACAGAAAUAGUGUCUCUGUUCAACAAUUCUGUCAACACUGUGUCUUGCUCAAUCUCAGGAUUCAUGAAAACUGACUAAUGUGGUUUCAUCAGGUUUCUCACUAGACUUUGGAGGGAAGAAAUUUGUACAUACCGCUCUGUCCAACUUGCUAAAGAACUUGUUUAGAGUGAUGUCUGACUUCUCCCCCAGAAUACAAAUAUGCAGAAGGAUUUGAGUGACUGAGUUCAAAUGUCACAGGACAUUCCUCUAAUGCUCACAUUUUCACAGACACACAGAAUGCUACCUUCCAAAUGAUUCCUUCCUUAAGUGACACCGGGUCAUCUUCACAUGCAGUUGCUCUCACUUACUGACCCACCUGACACACUGAAUUCAGCCUGGGCAAACUACAAGGUCUGAAGGGAUUUACACCUGGGAGCAAAGGUCAGAGAUUAAGUUAGGGAGAGACCCUGGCUCAGAAUGAGGACAGUCCACUGAACAUAACCCAUGAAUAUUGAAAUGGAGGAUUCAGGGGUUUUGUGCCAGGACCUCAUUGGUAGGGCACUAGCAUUUCAGAUUGGAAUAUAUGGUUUAAAUUGGAAUUUGAGGAACUGGUUAUUACAUGAACAUGCUGAGUCACGCCAAGUAUCUAUUGCACAUAGUUGGUAUGUUUCUUUCUUUUUAAAGGUUCAUUUUUAACUCCUCAGGUUGUCACAGUAGUUUUAUCUUUGGAUUUUAUUCUCUGUCCUCUCUCCACUUAAAACCUGGCAUUUCUCUUAAAGUCCGUCUUUGCUUCCUUCUUCCUGUAUCUCUCCCUAGGCCAUCUCUCCACUCUCCUAAUUUAAACUACAGACUCUGUGAGGACUAAGGCAUUCACACCUCACAUUUGCUAUUGGCCUUUGGGAAUGUCACAUCCAGUUUUCGAACUGCCUGCCCAGCAUUUUACAGGCUAACAUUCUAGUUAAUGUCGCUUGCAGAUCCUCUUCUGUAACCAAUCAGAUGAGAUGUCCCUCAGAGGCCCCCUUAACUUUGUGUUCCCAUCUGCACCUUUCCACAGCCUUGGCUCUAGUUCACUGACCACCCUUAGAUUCUGAGCAGUUUGGACAGCAGCCCCCCACAGCAGGUCCCCUGCCCCUAAUUUCUUGCCUUCAAUCUUUUGCCACCAAAUCCAUGUUAAACACAGGUCAAAACCAUGCUUAUAUUGGUGUCCUGUGCAGUCUAUGAUAAAUGUUUACACAGUGACUGCUUUAGAUGACACAGGUUCACCAUAUGAUACCUCUGAAGGUCUUGUUAGGGCUAUGCUCAUUCUAGAUGCUUCAGGAGAGACUCUGUGUUCUUGCCUUCAACACUGCCUCCAGACACUGCCCGUGCUCCUUGGCUCCUGGAUCCUUUUUCAUUCCCAGUGUCAAUAGCAUAGCACUUCUAGCCUGACUCGGAUCCUUUUGCCUCACAUGGAUAAGGACUUGGCCAACUGAGGGUUCUGCCCACAUCUCCUGAUUACUAAAUAACCCCUUUUCCAUGUGAGGUAACAUCAAAUUCUGUGUGCAGAGGUAGAGGCAUGGGCCCAUGGUAGAGCAGCUGCUUAGCAUUGAAAAGCCCCAUGUUCAGUUGCCAACAAAGGGGGAAAAGACUUGUGUAUGCAACCCCAGAAUGUACGAAUAGAUCAUGGCCCCAGAGGAUGGUUUAAGGUCCCUUCUGGAAUUAAUUGUGUGACUUAAUUUUUCAGAUUCAUCUCUUGGAUAUAUCAAAUUAGCACAAGAUAGUACCUGUCCUUGCAUCUUCUCCUCUGGUCUAAGUAUUGCUUAUAGAUGGCAGUGGAGUUUAACUGCCAUGAAUGAAAAAUGUUUCAGAGAACUCUGCAAAGCCAACCUUAACUGUUAAGACUUUUAAUGGCGCUCCCCCAAAUACCUUUGAAGACUUCCCAUUCUCUGACAUAGAGGGCUGGACAGGAGCUACCACAACUGUAAGAAUGAACUGCCCUGAAGGAAGCAUUUCAACUCUCCAUGUGAAUAAUGCUACCAUGGGAUACUUGAGAAGUUCCUUAAGUACCAAGCUGAUACCUGCCAUCUACAUCCUGGUGUUUGUGGUUGGUGUACCAGCAAACAUUGUGACCCUGUGGAAACUCUCCUCAAGGACCAAAUCCAUCUGUUUGGUCAUCUUUCACACCAACCUGGCCAUCGCAGAUCUCCUUUUCUGUGUUACCCUGCCAUUUAAGAUUGCCUACCAUCUCAAUGGGAACAACUGGGUAUUUGGAGAGGUCAUGUGCCGGAUCACCACAGUCAUUUUCUAUGGCAACAUGUACUGUUCCAUUCUGAUCCUCACCUGCAUGGGCAUCAACCGCUACCUGGCCACUGUCCAUCCUUUCACAUACCGGAAGCUGCCUAAACGCAACUUCACUUUGCUCAUGUGUGGCAUGGUGUGGGUAAUGGUUUUCUUAUAUAUGUUGCCAUUUGCCAUCCUGAAGCAGGAGUAUCAUCUUGUCCAGCCAGAGAUCACCACCUGCCAUGACGUCCACAACACAUGCGAGUCUCCAUCUCCCUUCCAAUUCUACUACUUCAUCUCCUUAGCAUUCUUUGGAUUCCUCAUUCCUUUUGUGGUCAUUGUCUACUGUUAUACAACUCUCAUCCGCAAACUUAAUGCACAGGAUCGUAGAUGGCUGAGGUAUAUCAAGGCAAUUCUUCUCAUCCUUGUGAUUUUUACAAUUUGCUUUGCUCCUACCAACAUCAUACUCAUAAUUCAUCAUGCAAACUACUACUACAACAACACUGACAGUUUGUACUUUAUGUAUCUCAUAGCUUUAUGCCUGGGUAGCCUGAAUAGUUGUCUAGACCCAUUCCUUUAUUUUGUAAUGUCAAAAAUUGUAGAUCAGCUUACUUCUUAGCCAACAAUGGCAAGAUCAUCUUAGAGAACAAGGAAAAAUAUUAGUGAAAAUGUACAUUCUUGGGCCAACUUGUGCAUGGAACCAACAGCUCAAUUUUUAAUUUUUGUUUUGAGACAGGGUCUCACUGUGUAGUCCUGGCUAGCCCAGAACUCGUUACACCAGGUUGGCCUCGAUCUCACAGAGAUCUGCCUGCCUCUGCCUCUGCCUCUCAAGUGCUGGGAUUAAAGGCAUCCACCACCAGGUCUGGCAAGAGCACUGUUUUUAAGCUCCUGUGAAAUAGGGCUUCAAACAUCAAAAGUCAAAAAAAUUAUUAGGAUUAAAAAAAAUUUUGUCAGUACUUUUAAAAAUGCCUUUAUCUCAAGCAAAAUUGUCAUUAUUCUACUUAUGACAACUGACACUUCUCUAUUUGCCUUCCUGAUUCUCUGAGCUUUAAAUGUCCCCUUCCCUCCUGUGAGUGUCGCCAAGUCUCCAUUUCUCAAAUCAGGUCAACCUUCCCUGAGUCUCUCUCUGGAUACGGCACGUAAGCACUUCCCCGAGAUGACAACCCCAGGGCAGCUUUCAGCACAGCUCCGGAACAGGACCUGUGAAGUCAGCGGUGCCCACAGCAAGCACCAGGCUCGCUCACUUCACCACCCCGACUCUGUCCCCUUGCCUGCUGCAUUUUGCUUUAAUCUGUCUGCUUUUCAAGUCUCUCUAAAGGAUUGUUCUUCCCCUACUCUCAAACUCAAAGUGUCAUUUUUCUCAUCUGGAUUUAGAAACCACUUUCUUAUAAUUAUGCACUUCCAAACAAACAAGCCUGGUAAGAUCACUGGCAGAUGAAUAUUAGCUCCAUAAACAAGUAAGUUUUCUAUGUAGUAAGACCUCUGUUCCUGCAAGUUUCACACCUGCAGAUUCAACCAACCACAGACCAAAAACAGUUGAAAAAAAAAGCUGAACAUGAACGGAUUUUUUAUUUUCAUUAUUCCCUAAACAAUACAGCAUCUUUAUAUAGCAUUUAUUCUGUAUUAUUCUUCUACAGCGUCUACACUGUAUUAACUAUAGGUAAGUCAUCCAGAAGUGAUGGGAAGUUUAUGAGAGGAUAUAAAGAGGUUGCAGUCAAAUACAGAACAUUCCUAUGGGAAUUUGGAAUCUGUGGAGCUUAGUGUCUGCAAGGGCCUUGGAAGCUACCCGGGAGGGAUGAUGGAGAAGAUGCUGUCUUUCCUCCCUCCUUUGAGGUUCUUGUGGUCAUUCCAGGGCCAUGCUCUGUAGGGUCAGUUGCAUUCUUUGGAUAACAUGUGGCUGAAUGAAAGAAUAAAACCCCAAAGCAUCUAAAGGGCACGGAGGCCUGCUCAGUCCUUACUGACAAGCCAGUAUAAGAUGACAUCAUUUCUGAUUAGACUUGUUUAAAACAAUAGAAGUUAUUGCUUCGAUUCCAGCUACUUCUAUCUCCAUUUGUUUUAGUGGGAAAUGUUAUUGAAUUAUAAAUCUCCAGAUUAUUCCUGAAGAUAAGCCAUUUCUCUUACCUGAGGGAUCCAAUGGGAGAUAUAUCAGUAGCUAAGGGAGGCGUGUCACUAGUGACUACAAAUGGAGCUGAGGGAACUUCUGAACAUUGCUGGGAUGAAAUUGUAAGUUAGUAUAUACAAGCACCUGAUGAAACCUUGUUAAAAUCAACCAAACAAUAAAAACACAUCUUAAGUGUG